CCUUGACAAACAAAACCCUAAUGGUGGCGAGAAAGCUUCCAUUAGAUCUGGAAGAAGAGAUACUCUUUCGAGUUCCACCUCGAUCUCUCCUUCGCUUCAGAUCCGUUUGCAGAGAAUGGAACACUCUUUUCCACAAUAAGAGAUUCAUCAACAAAAACUUUGCUUCCGGUCGCCCAGAAUUCAUGUUAAAGACACAUUCCCAUCUUUAUUCAAUAAGCGUCGAUCUCAACGAAAAUCCAACUAUAAAGGUGCGUGAUUUACGCUUUGAUCAUUUACGCGGUCGCCGUUAUCAUCUCCAUGGGACCUGCGAUGGUUAUUUUUUCAUGUAUGACUUUCAUAAAGGAGGUGGAGGCGUGGUUUCGAACCCGUUGUUGAGACAUACUAAAUGGAUUGCCAAGGCUGAGUAUAUAUGUGGCAGGGGCAUGGGUUACGAUGGUAGUAGACCCGAAAAGAGUUACAAGAUUAUUGGGAUGUCGGAAUGUCAUUCGUGGGAUGGAAUUACUACGACAUAUUCAGUAGCCGAAUUUGCAACCAAUGCGUGGAAGGUUACUGAUCAUACCCGUUUUAAAGAAGAGCUAGAGUUAAUAAGCGAAACGUGUGAUAAUGGUAGGGUCUCCCUGAAUGGAAAUUUGUACUGGACAGCUUAUACUUAUCCCCAAACUGGUCAGUAUUUCAUCCUAAUGCUCGAUUUUUCGAAAGAGAUAGAAAUGUGUCAAAAGACCUUUUGUGUUUUACCGUGUAAGGGGAAAAAAAGUACUACACAUACUCGUAUUCUCUCGAUUUACAAGGGAGAUCGGUUUUCAGUGUUAGAACAAUCCAAAAAAACAAGAGAGAUUGAGAUUUGGGUGACAAAGGAUAAAAUUGGUAACGGGGAUGAUGGAGACCAUGUGGUGUGGAUUAAGUUCAUGACUUUCUCAAUACCUGACUUCCCCAUGUUACUUUGUAACAGCCCUGCAAGAUACUUCGUGGAUAAUAAUAUAUAUGGAAAGAGCUUUGUUCUGUGUUGUCCAAGCAAGAGACCUAAAGCAGCUUGGGUGUAUAUUGUGAGGGGAGAUAUGUGCAAAAAGAUUAAGAUAGAUCAAGUGCUGUGUGAGUUUGAGUCCUCUGUCUAUGUUCCAAGUUUGAUCACCAUUCCUUGAGAGACUUUCGCUAAAGCAAGUGAACAAGAAGAUCUUUUACAAGUUUGAUUUCAAUUGUUGCUUUCUUGUUUUAUUUUAUUUAUUUAAUAAAAACUUUUGCAAGUUUUAUUUCCACAAUUUGUUUGGCCCUUCGUGAGCCUGGGAAGAUAUUCAAAGUCGUUUCCCUACUCCGAUUUUAGCUUUUUGGUUCUUUCGAACAACUCCAUAUGUUUUUUUUUAAACAAAGGAAUGAUCUAUAUAUGGUCGUGCUUUGACACCCUACUUGGAAAUUCAUGCAACCAUUUCAUCAAUGUUGUAUAUGAUCCAACAGUUCUGCUCAGUAAAAAGGGAACAUGGCUCUGCAAAUUUUUGGCGUCGGUGGUUUCCUUUGAGUCUAAAUACACAUAGUACUAGUGGUAUAGCACUUGUGGGAUUUCAAAUAUUUCUAUUAAACUUCUUUGCAAGGACUAAAGAGUCAAGAUCACGGAAGUUAUCUUCUCUAGUAGGUACAAUUAAUUGAAUGUUUGAUGUUCAGAAUCCAUACUAGUGGUUCACCUCUUGUGGGAUUUCAAAUAUUAUCUGGAUCACAAAAAUCCAUGAUAGACGAUUUUUUCGUAAACCAUGC